UCUUUCCUUCCCAAGCACUGAGGAGGCCCCAGCUCCCAAGGGGCUAAGAAGCUGGAGCACUGGGGAGGGGGAAGAACUGAGCCAGACUCUUGCAAGACCCCCUCCCCCCACCAGGAAACAUGAACAGGAAAGACAGCAAGAGGGGCGAUGGUGGCUGGGUCCCUAGCCUGAGUAACUCCUCCAGCCUCCUCUGGCAUGUCUCUGAUGGGCAGAGGGGUCCCCUCCCCAUAACAUCCAGCAGUUUAGUGGCGGAGACCUGGCUGCCUCAUUUUCUGGCUGUGUGACCUUAGGAAAUCCCACCAGGAAUGCCCAGGAAAGACAGGAGGGCGGGGCCGGCCCCGACAGGCCCGGCGCCACAAGACGUGCCCCAGCCCACGGGAAAUCAGCAAGGUCAUGGCUUCCAUGGCUCUGGGCAUGCUGAAUGAGGGCGGCUGCAGCGAAGAUGAGAUGCUAGAGAAAUGCAUUCAGUCCUUCGACUCAACAGGAAACCUGCGCCGUGGAGACCACAUUCUCAACAUGGUACUGGCGAUGCACAGCUGGGUGCUGCCUUCUACCCACCUCGCUGCCCGUCUGCUGACCUUGUACCAGGAGGCCACAGGGAACACACAGGAACAGAGGCGGCUCCAGAUCUGUCACCUGCUCAGAUACUGGCUGACCCAACACCCUGAGACUGUACACCAGGAGCCUCAGUUAGAAGAGGUGAUAGGUCGCUUCUGGGCCACUGUGGAGCAGGAGGGCAACUCUGCCCAGAGGAGCCUGGGAGACUCCUCCAACCUCCUGAGCCCCGGUGGCCCUGGCCCCCCGCACCCCAUGAGCAGCCCAGGCCUAGGCAAAAAGCGCAAAGUGUCCUUGCUUUUCGACCACCUGGAGACGGGGGAGCUGGCUCAGCAUCUCACUUACCUGGAGUUCCGGUCCUUCCAGGCAAUCACGCCCCAGGACCUGCGGGGCUACGUUUUGCAGGGCUCCGUGCGGGGCUGCCCGUCCCUGGAGGGAUCCGUAGGGCUCAGCAACAGCGUGUCCCGCUGGGUGCAGGUCAUGGUGCUGAGCCGUCCUGGGCCCGCACAACGCGCGCAGGUGCUGGACAAGUUCAUCCAGGUGGCACAGAGGCUCCACCAGCUGCAGAAUUUCAACACACUGAUGGCCGUCACGGGGGGCCUGUGUCACAGUGCCAUCUCCAGACUCAAGGACUCCCAUGCGCACCUGAGCCCUGACAGCACCAAGGCCCUGCUGGAGCUGUCUGAGCUUCUUGCUGCGCACAACAACUACACGCGAUACCGCCGGGCCUGGGCUGACUGCACAGGUUUCCGGCUGCCCGUCCUGGGUGUGCACCUCAAAGACCUGGUGUCCCUUCAUGAGGCACAGCCCGACCGGUUGCCUGACGGACGCGUGCACCUACCCAAACUCAACAGCCUCUACCUGAGACUACAGGAGCUGGCGGCCCUUCAGAGGCAGCAACCCCCAUGCAGCGCCAGCGAGGACCUGCUGCACCUGCUCACGCUUUCCCUGGAUCUCUUCUACACAGAGGAUGAGAUCUAUGAGCUUUCUUAUGCCCGGGAGCCCCGCUGUCCCAAGAGUCUGCCACCCUCCCCCUUCAAAGCGCCCCUGGUGGUGGAGUGGGCCCCUGGAGUGACACCUAAGCCCGACAGGGCCACCCUGGGUCGGCACGUAGAGCAGCUGGUGGAGUCUGUGUUCAAGAAUUACGACCCUGAAGGCAGAGGAACUAUCUCUCAGGAGGACUUUGAGCGACUUUCAGGCAACUUCCCCUUCGCCUGCCAUGGGCUUCACCCACCCCCCCGCCAGGGGAAUGGCUCCUACAGCCGAGAAGAGCUGACAGGCUACCUGCUCCGGGCCAGUGCCAUCUGCGCCAAGCUGGGCCUGGCCUUCCUGCACACCUUCCAGGAGGUCACCUUCCGCAAGCCCACCUUCUGUGACAGCUGCAAUGGCUUUCUCUGGGGCGUCACCAAGCAAGGCUACCGCUGUCGGGACUGCGGGCUGUGUUGCCACAAACACUGCAGGGACCGCGUGAAGGUGGAGUGUAAGAAGAGGCCAGUGGCCAAGGGCGAUGUGAGCCCCCCUGGAGCCCCCAUCCCACCCACACUGGUUCCCCAUACCAGCUGCGGCUCAGAAGACAGUCUCUCCUACACACUAUCCCUGGAACCCGAGACAGGGUGCCACCUUUGCCAUGCGUGGACCCAGACAGAGCCCCCACACCUGGAAGCAGAGACGGUGCCCCUCCCAACGACUGCCUCGCCGCCUUCCCAGCCCUCCAAGCUGAAUUCUUAGCCCCCGCUUAGGUCUGCUGUGUCUCACCUUUCCCCAGAGUCAGUCCCAAGUCCUGUUAUUUGGCCUCUGGCAGGACCCCCAAAGGCACCACCGCUUUCCCAGCCACACCGCCUUCGGUAAAGAGUUCAUCAUCAUCUCUUCCUCGGGAAAGUGAUUUUCUUCCUUUGCCUCAGAGUGGCCACAACCUAUACUCCCAUUUCCCCGCACUUCCUAUCUCUAUGGUCUCGUGUUGGAUAUGUGUAGACUUAGGUAUUACCCCACCACCUCCUUAUAUCUCCAUUUUACAGAUGAGGAAGCUGAGGCCCAGGGAGGUUAAGCUGCUCUCCAAGGUGGCAGAGCCUCUAAGUGUUGCAGGCAGGACUCAAGUCCUCAGAGAAGAAAGCUCCUCACCAGUAUGCUACACUGACAGUCAGCAUGGGUCAGGCCGGGCACUUAUAUUCCUACCUCUGGGGUUCCAGAGACAGGAGAGAAGGCUAGAGUAGAGGUGGAACAGGGAGCCUGUGAACACCCGAGUCCCUCCUCUGCUCAGAGCCCUUCCAUAUAUCCCUCUCACUCAGGGAAAAAGCCAGAGCCCUCACUGUGACCCACCUCCCAGAAUCUGUUCCAUCACCUCUCGGACCUCACCUAUCACCACUCACCCCCUUACUCAUCCUGCUUCAGCUACACUGGCCUCUGUGGUCCCUGAACAUGCUGAAAAUACUACCUCAGGGCCUUUGCACUGGCAGUUCUCUCUGCCUAGAAUGUUCUUCCAGAGGCCCCUCUUUGGGACUUAGGUCUAAUGUUGCCUUCUGAGAGAGGCCCUUCUGACCAUACUCAAAGUUGCAAUCCACCCUGCAGUCCUGCUCUUGCCUUUUCUCCAAAGUUCUUAACCAUCUAACAAACUAUUCUUCUUAUCUAUUUAUCUUGUUGAAUGUCUGCUCCUCUUCACCAGAAAUUGUCAACUCCAGAAGAGCAGGGAUUUUAUAAUCUGUAUUUUUUCACUGAUGUACCCCUAGUGUUGAGAACAGGGCAUGGCACAUGGCAGGCACCUGAGAAGUCUUUGUUCAAUGCCUAAAUGUCUCCUUCCCCGCACCCACAGGAAGGGAAAGACGUGUUGCUAAAGAGCAGAGGACUGCGAGGGUCAGAGCAAUAGGGGCCUGUUGAGACCCAGGGGACAAACACAUCCCUACCCCUCCCCAGACCGGAGCACCCCAGACCUGCACCCCCCAAGAGAUAGGUCCUACAGCUGUCAUCAAUUAAAUUUAUUUUCCAGAGAA